AUGUCAUCCUGCGAGGAAAAGCGCUUUGUCCACGACGUUUUUGUCGUGCGUGAAGAUGAAGAUGGACGACAACUCAGAUUUGUCGACCAGCCCUUGAAAUUUCAAGCCCUGUAUAAACCGUCAGCAUCGGUUCUCUUCCGCCUUAGUGUCCCCAUCGCCGACGGCGCCUCCACCACAACCAUUAUCUAUCUGCAGAUUACGGCUGACCGUAUCGCUUCGCUGCACAACACGAUUUGCGACACAAGCGACACGAGGAAUCAAAGCCCGCCUUGCCUCGAACAAGUCCGUCAGCAACUGGGCGGCAUGCGUUUCGUAACCCGCAUCCAGUUCCAGUUGCAUAACGGAAUUUAUGCCCAGCUUGUCGUGCCGACCGGUUUUACUCUCGAUGAGGCUCCCAACGGCCCGGCACGGCGCACCUUUAGCUCCGCCACUUCCCUCGCGACCGCUUCGUUGUUUUCCCUAUACAUGCCGCACAACGUCGCACCGAUGACGCUGUUUCGAACUUUCGCCCAGGCUGUUGAGCAGUUUCCGACCCUGCCAUUGGCGCAGCGCCGGGCGUAUGACCGCAUGGUGAAUCUGCGCAGGCUGUAUCAUGGGAAAGGUGGCACUGUGUUCAUACCCGAGGACCAAAAUGGUAGCCCCCUGCCAGAUAAGGACCACAAAAUCUCUGCCACAGUAGACACGACUGAGUCUUGCGCUACCACUGUUGCCUUUGAUGACACUCCCCCGCGUUACCAAGAUUCACCCCCACAGUAUGACGAAUGCCUGAGCGAAGGACAGCAGCCAAGGGCCAGGUCAGACGCUACAGCCAUCUCCGGCGAAAGUCCCCGGGACGACUGUGCCCCGCCGGAGUAUGACGACACCAAAAGGCAGCACAGCGUGUUGAGAGCUAUCAAACGCGUGCGGCAUUGCGGAAGCGAAGACGUUGACUUGCCCCCAACAUCCAAAAGAAAACAAUCAUGUGCCACCGGUUGCACAACCAUAGCGUCUAUAAGAAAUGCCCAAUGCCCAGAAGAAACGUCGCCAUAUCAACUUGCAGAUGUGGACUGCUCCGAAAGCAGAUUGAAGUUCCUGCUUGAGUGGCAGCGCCAACAAAUCGAACAGCUACAAGAGGAUAUCAAGGCACUUCAGAGGCGGAACAAAGAGCUCGAGAGCCGGCAUGAUGAGCUGGAGGAAAACUUCGGUGACUUGGAGAAGCGUCAAGUUGAAACCGAGGAGACUGCCGAGUCUUUACUUAUCCAUACUGGCGAGCUUGACGACGAGUGCGAGAAGCUUGGGAAACAGAUGCCAGACAUUCACGAUGAGAUGGAGGACUGGAUGAAGGAUUACAUGGGAGAUAGGAUGAAAGAUUACAUGGGGAACUGGCUCGAGGAGAACAUGGCGGAAACCGUGAAGGGAUAUGUCAACGACCAGGUUGCAGCCCAAAUAGCUCAAGUGAAGACAAAGAUGCGCAAGGCGCUUCAAAGCUAA